AUGACUUUGCGCUCCAUUGCAAUUCGGAACAAAACUGGUGUCAGCCAGGCAUUCAGCAUCAUUCAGGCUGCCUCACCGCCCGUUAAUGAUCCUCAAAACAGCACCUGUACCACCAUCCUUGAAUCAUCACCAACAGUUUCUGGUGACGGAAAUGGUCGUGUUCAGUUUGAUCUGACUAGCGAGUAUUAUGCCUUUUGCGGCACCGGAGGCGAAGACGACAGCGGAAGACUGUGCAUCACCGUGUCCAAGGCUCUGUCCGCCAAGCUAGAGUCAAAUGGAUCAAAGGGGUCAAAAUUUGAACUUUCCAUGGCCGAUAGCUCUGGAUCAGCAACAUUGACUUUGAUUGACGAGUCGGUCAGUGCUCAUGGAGCUUUCAGCAUCCUUACAGAUGCAAGCUUCAGCAAUCAAUAUCCUAGCAACCUUUUAUACAUGGGCGUGGCCGUCAAAGUGCCCCAUUCUAGCACAGUUGUGCCUAUCUUCGCCACAAAGGCAAGCCCGAACAUUCAGACGAUGUUUUAUCCUGCUCCAAAGUACUACAUUCUUCCCGGCAAGUUCCAGCCUGGCACUGUUAUCUCUCCAAAAGAAUUCAGCAACGUCCUUACUAUAGAUUUUGCGGCCGUGCAGGGCAACAAGGCGGAGUUUCUUUUCACUCGGGAUAAAUACGAUAUUACGAUAAAGAGGGAGGGAAACUUGUAA